GGUGGAAGGAGAGGAGGGUGGAGGGAGAGGAGGCGGGGUUCCUCGCGAAGUUGGCCCGAGGCGGAUCCGGUUUCCUGCUCUCACCGCGAGGAGUCCCGGCGGCGCGGAGACCGCGCCCGGGGCCUGCCGGUCCCGCGCUUUCCGAGCUUGGCGAGAGUCGGCUGCGUGAACCGGUGAAACGCCCAACGAAUGAAUGACCCUCCUACCGGGAUGGGGGCGCCGCGUCCCCGCGGAGGUACGAAUCUCAAGGACUUCCCCCGCAGCCUGGGGCGCGCUGCGUCCUUUCCGCGCCAAGUGGGGCGCGGGGCUCCCCUGUCCCCGCACGCCCCGAAAACCACGGCGGCGGGGACGAGAGUAAGCCGGGGCGGCGCCCACGAGGACCGCCGGCCCGGAGAGAACGUGGAUCGUGAGUCCUGGGUCAGAGAGAAAGUGCUCUUUCUUCUGCACCCUGAGAGGUGGUUGGGGACUCGAGAGGACCCUGCACGGGAAGAGGUGGCCGGUGGAGAGGAUCUUUCCCAGACAGGCGGAGACGAUCGGGAACUCGACUGCCCUUCUCCCCUCUUUCCACGAGAAAAGGGAAUUUCUGGCAGCGGUAUAGACUUAGAUGCUGCCUCUGGAGCCCCGCCGCGAGUCGCCGCAGCCCCACCGAAAUCCGUGCUUGUGCGGGUCGUGGAUUAUCACGUGACAGAAGAAGUCCUGCAGACCGCGUGGACGAAGGGCUGCAUGACCACACGGACCGAGGAGUGCUCCAUGACCGCCGUCACUUUUCGCACCAACAGGGAGUGAGGCAGACUGUGGGGCGCCGGGACCACGGGAGAUCCCCGGGCACACAGAGAGAGGCACCCCGUGUCCACGCCGCGGAGAGAGGCUCCUUUUACGGUCCCCAAGGACCUGAUUCCCCGAGGAGAUUAAACAGGAAAGAGGAGCCUGAGGAAUGCUCCGGGCUGGUGAAUGAGCGAUAAUCCUUAAGAAAAGAAAAUGCUCUUCCGGGAACUCCAACCUGUAAUUAACCAACAGCAAGAACCUUUUGAGAGGCUGGCGCAGCGCUUCUGGGAGGCAGACGAUGGCACCCAAUCCCCACUGAAGAACUGUAAGCAACAUAAUACCUCCAUUGUGGCUCAAAUACUGUGACGGUUUGGGGACCUAAGCCAUUCAGAAGAGGAGAAGAAAAGGUUUCCUGAUGCAAGCAGAACCUCAUCAGGUGAGGAGCCUGAGGAAUCUUUUCCCAUUCACAGUGUUCUGGGAGUGAAUCCAAAGUGAAACUUGGGCAUCCUCAAUACUAAGAAGUCUCUGAGAAUGGCUGGGUCUGGACUCUUGGGUCUUACCUCCACGUCACCAGGAAAUGUGAUCGUGUAAAAUUCUUAGGGGGAUUAAUCACAGCAAGGACUUCCGGAAGCCACUUGGCCACUCACGCGACCAUAAGACGAAUACACAGUCACGUAACCACCAUGGAUCAGGCCAGUGUCAACCUCUCUUAAAACCUUUGUCCACCACUUCUGUCCUUGGAGAUUCAUUAUAUUUGACUUGUUGCUCUUGUUGGUCAUCACCAGCACUUGAUGUGACUUUUUGCUUAAAAAAAAAAAGAAAAACUUUCUAUUAAAAUAAAAAGUUAUAUUCACUGCAGAAAAUUUGAAGAAAUAUUACUUUGUGAGGAAAAAGAAAAAUGGAAUAAAAGAAAAGAACUCUCCAUGACACCAAAUCUUUUAAAAUAUUUGGUAUAUUUCCAUCUGGUUUUAUUUAUUUAAUCUGUUUUUAAUGUGUAUACACUUUCCUGAGUGUGUGUACACUUUCCUGACCAUAAACUGUGUAUAAGAGCUGAGUAUUGUCUUUAUAUAAACUAACAUACACUGAUGCCACUCAAGGUGUGGUCUGUGAACGAGGCACAGAAUGAUGCAUGCGUGGGCAUCUCCAAGGAGGUUUUUAGAAAUGCAGAAUCUAGGCUCCACCCCAGGUCUACUUGAAUCAGAAUUUGCAUUUUGACAAGAUCCCUGGGUGAUUCACAUUAAAGUUUGAGAAGCAUUGACAUAUAUGCUGGAUUUAGUCUGUAUCCUGCUUUGUCACUUACCAAAAAUAAAACUUUUUUUUUUUUA